UCCGCUUUGCUGGGCGCGCGGUGGAUGGUCUGAAACGUAGAGCUCGGGUUUUUCUGGGGCUUGGCUGCUGCGGAGCCCAGCAUGGCUUCGUCACGAGCCUCCUCCACGCAGGCAACCAAAACUAAAGCGCCUGAUGACCUGGUGGCUCCCGUGGUGAAGAAGCCACAUAUUUAUUAUGGAAGUCUGGAAGAAAAGGAAAGGGAGCGACUGGCCAAAGGAGAAUCUGGGAUUUUGGGAAAAGAAGGACUUAAAGCAGGAAUUGAAGCAGGAAAUAUUAAUAUAACCUCCGGAGAAGUGUUUGAAAUUGAAGAGCACAUCAGUGAGCGGCAGGCGGAGGUAUUGGCCGAGUUUGAGAGGAGGAAGCGGGCCCGGCAGAUCAACGUUUCCACAGAUGACUCGGAGGUCAAGGCUUGCCUUCGAGCCUUGGGGGAGCCCAUCACGCUGUUUGGAGAGGGCCCUGCUGAAAGGAGAGAAAGGUUAAGAAAUAUUCUCUCAGUGGUUGGUACUGAUGCCUUAAAAAAGACCAAAAAAGAUGAUGAGAAAUCUAAGAAGUCCAAAGAAGAGUAUCAGCAGACCUGGUACCACGAGGGACCAAACAGCCUCAAGGUGGCCAGACUGUGGAUUGCCAACUAUUCCCUGCCCAGGGCAAUGAAGCGCUUGGAGGAGGCCCGUCUCCAUAAAGAGAUUCCUGAGACAACACGGACCUCCCAGAUGCAAGAGCUGCACAAGUCUCUCCGGUCUUUGAAUAAUUUCUGCAGUCAGAUUGGAGAUGAUCGGCCUAUCUCCUACUGUCAUUUUAGUCCCAAUUCUAAAAUGCUGGCCACAGCCUGUUGGAGUGGGCUUUGCAAGCUCUGGUCUGUUCCUGACUGUAACCUCCUUCACACUCUGCGAGGCCAUAACACAAAUGUAGGAGCCAUCGUCUUCCAUCCCAAAUCCACCGUGUCCUUAGACCAAAAAGAUGUCAACCUGGCCUCUUGUGCUGCUGAUGGUUCUGUGAAGCUUUGGAGCCUUGAAAGUGAUGAACCAGUGGCAGAUAUUGAAGGCCACACAGUGCGUGUGGCCCGAGUUAUGUGGCAUCCAUCAGGACGCUUCUUGGGCACCACCUGUUACGACCGUUCCUGGCGCUUAUGGGAUCUGGAGGCCCAAGAGGAGAUCCUGCAUCAGGAAGGCCACAGCAUGGGUGUGUACGACAUUGCCUUCCAUCAGGAUGGCUCUUUGGCCGGCACUGGGGGACUGGAUGCAUUCGGUCGAGUUUGGGACCUGCGCACAGGACGGUGUAUCAUGUUCCUAGAAGGCCACCUCAAGGAAAUCUAUGGAAUAAACUUCUCCCCCAAUGGCUACCACAUCGCAACUGGCAGCGGUGACAACACCUGCAAAGUGUGGGACCUGCGACAGCGGCGCUGUGUCUAUACCAUCCCUGCCCAUCAGAACUUGGUGACUGGCGUCAAGUUUGAGCCUAUCCAUGGGAACUUCUUGCUCACCGGUGCCUAUGAUAACACAGCCAAGAUCUGGACCCACCCCGGCUGGUCCCCACUGAAGACUUUGGCUGGUCACGAAGGCAAAGUGAUGGGCCUAGACAUUUCUUCUGACGGGCAGCUCAUAGCCACUUGCUCCUAUGACAGAACCUUCAAGCUCUGGAUGGCUGAGUAGACAAGGCGAUGGACAAAGGACUCUGAGUUCAAGCUCUCCUAAGGAGCCAUUUUCCUCAAAAGAAAAGAAUUGAUGUAUUUUGUUCUAUCAUGUUUCCCACCAAUUACCAUGCGUAGACCCUCAAUAGAAUUGUAUUUCCAUGCCAGCUGUGGGCAGGCAGCUGAACCCCUUUCAUGGUUGCCACAAAGCACAAACUGUGUAGACCUUAUUAAGCUCUGGUCUGAAUGCCCUGUCACCUCCCUCACAGCACUCAGCAUUGUGACUGACUCUUCCCAUUUUAAAUUCGUGAAACUUGGCUCUCCAUAACAUGGUACGUGCUUCAGGACCACAUGUGACCUAGAGAGCAAGGCGGCUGGACUGCACUGUGGAAGCUCCCCCAUGCAUUGUUAGCCCAUGCCUGGCAGCCAGCACCUCUGCUCUCUGGGAGACUGGGAGGCAGAGCCGCCAGCGCCGCUGUGCAGUAAAGAACCCCGUAGGGCUCCCUGGGAGCUCCAGCUGCAUCAGAACCGAACAUGUGCCUUGUCAGAAAGUCUCUUCCACUUCGCUUUGAAGUUCAGCAUCCUUCAUGCUACGCUAAAGCAAGGCCGUUGUGUCAAGAGUCAAAGAAAUUUCUAGAAAGCAAAGUGGGGUCUGUUGUACAGUCUUCUUUCUAUUGGUUAUUUAAAGGAUGUGCUUCAUGUUUUUGAUAGAAUUUUCUGUCGAAGUAUCCAAAAACAUCCCUAAUGGCUAGUCCUAAGCAUAAACUUCUUUUUCUUUAUUACACACUGACUAAGAGUAAAACCCUGUUCUGAAAACUAUCCUUUUAAGAUUUAUUUUCUACGGUUAAAUAUUUUCUGAAUCCCAGUCAUUGGUCCAUAGAGGUCUUUUUUUUUAGCUUGGAGUGUAGCAGAUCUCACCUAUGAACUACUCCAGAUUCUGUCUCCUCCGGAAGCCCUCUGUUGGCAGUAUUUUAAAUAAAAUGGAGGGCUGUUUGCAUGUGGGCCAGGCUCCCAGUGAGGUGUGUCUGUCGGUCAGUCAUACAGCAGUACCCUCACCUCUUCCCACCAUGAAGACACAGCCUCUGAACUUCAGUAUUACAAAGUAAGUUCACACAGAAGUAAGGAUUGGUGGAAACAAGUAUCAGGUAUAGAGGAAAAGUAAGGAUUUAUAUGGUGACUUUCCCUUGGAUGUUCAAAACACCAUCCCCCCUCCUUAUUUGAGCUGAGAGACAGAGCUUCAUCCGUUGGUUCAUUCCCCACAUGGCCGCAACUGCCAGCACUGGUCUAGGCCGAAAUCAGGAGCCUGGAACUCAAUGCAGGUUUCCCACGGCGGUAGCAGCAACCCAAGCACUCGAACCGUCACCUGCUGCCUCCCAAGUGGUCCAUGAGCAGGAAACAGGACUGAAACUAGCAACUGUGAUAGGGAAUGGCAGUGUCCUAAGCGGUAAUUUAACCAGUGUGCCUGUCACCCGCCCCCACAGCCUUUUAUUCGCUGUUCCAGAGGGGCUGGCUUUAUUGGAGUCUGUUUAACUGGUGGUCAAACAUCCUGUUCUCAUGUAUAACCAAAGGGUUGCAUUUCCUGUGUAGUUCAGCUUCUGAGGCCUCAGGUCUCCCUUUGUUGGGUAUGUUAUGGAAUUUACUAAGUUCUCUUUCCUUCAUAGAAAAUUCUUAUCAGAAAUUAUUUUUCGUUACUAUCUGUCGUAUUAAUUCCCUUAGGCAUGUUUUCUUGUUUGUUUUGGGAUGCUGUUCCAGGAGGUAGCAGUUGAGUGGAAACGUUUCGUCCCCGCCUUUGGCAGAACAGAUACCUCCUGGCCACAGGAAGUAGAUGCCAUUGUAAGUGGGUAGCUGAGAAGCAGCGGCACCUCACGAUCAAGGUGAGCUGCACGCCCUAGCCCUAGCCCUAGCCCUAGCGGUCGGUUAAUGAAGCACCUGCUUACACUGCUCCAGGCACGUUCACACAUCGUGUUGACCCUUCACACUUUCACGAGUUUAUUGCCUUUUUACAGGCAAAACAGGCUCAAAGAAGUCAACUAACUUGUUCAGAGUUACUCAGUAAAUGGU